AUGAAUUCUUCUUUUAUCAUUUGUUCUGUCGUAGCUGCUGUAGGCUUCUUUAAGGUUUAUAAAAGAUACAGAUUCCAUCAAGACAAGAAAGAUACUACAAAAUCUUCUUCUUUAUCUUCUCCAUCUCCUCCAAGUUCUCUGUCUCUUCCAUCUCCUUCAACUUCUUUAUCUCUUUCAUCUCCUUCAACUUCCGUAUCUCAAGUUUGGGAACACCAUGUCUUCCCCAGCUUCCACGGGGCAGAUGUCCGAAAAACUAUUCUUAGUCACAUUUUGGAAUCAUUCAGAAAUAAGGGAAUCGACUCAUUCAUUGAUAACGAUAUAGAGAGGAGUAAGUCGAUCGGUCCUAAGCUUGUAGAAGCUAUCAAAGGAUCAAAGAUUGCAAUCGUCUUGCUUUCCAAGAACUAUGCUUCUUCGUCUUGGUGUCUUGAUGAGUUGGCAGAGAUCAUGAAAUGCAGGGAAGUGUUGGGUAAAAUUGUCAUGACCAUUUUCUAUGAAGUUGAUCCAACUGACAUAAAGAAACAGAUUGGUGAUUUUGGAAAAGCCUUUAGAAAAACUUGUAAAGGUAAAACAAAAGAGCGUACUGAGAUAUGGAGAAAAGCUUUGGAGGAUGUGGCCCAAAUCGCUGGAUAUCAUUCUCGCAACUGGGUCAAUGAAGCGGCCAUGAUCGAUAAAAUAGCAACUGAUGUUUCUAACAUGUUGAAUAGCUCCAUACCAUCAAGAGAUAUUGACAGUUUAGUAGGGAUGGGAGCUCAUAUGGAAAGGAUGGAACAAUUGUUACGUCUAGAUUUGGAUGAGGUAAGGAUGAUCGGGAUCUGUGGGCCACCUGGGAUUGGUAAGACAACCAUCGCAAGAGUUCUGUUUAACCAAGUCUCCAGCAUAUUCCAACUUAGUGCAAUCAUGGUUGAUAUCAGAGGAAACUAUCCAAGACCGUGUUUAAAUGAGUAUAGUGCACAAUUGGAACUUCAAAAGCAAAUGUUGUCCCAGAUGAUCAAUCAUAAAGAAAUAACGAUUUCCCAUGUAGGAGUGGCAAAAGAACGGCUAAAAGACAAGAAAGUGUUUCUCGUUCUUGAUGAUGUGGAUCACUUAGGACAACUAGAUGCAUUGGCGAAAGAAAUUCAAUGGUUUGGUCCUGGAAGUCGGAUUAUAAUCACAACUGAAGAUCAAAGAGUUCUCAAAGGUCAUGGGAUCAAACAUAUUUACCAUGUGAAGUUUCCAUCAAGUGAUGAGGCUUUUCAAAUCUUUUGUAUGCAUGCCUUUGGACAGAAACACCCAUAUAAAGGUUUCUAUGAGCUUGCUAAGGAAGUUGCAUACCUUGCUGGUGAACUCCCUUUGGGAUUGAAGAUUCUAGGCUCUGCUCUACGGGGAAGGUCCAAGCAGGAGUGGAAAAUGAUGCUACCAAGGUUAAAGACCGACCUUAAUGGAGAAAUAGAGAGCAUUAUAAAGUUCAGUUAUGAUGACUUAAGUAAUGACGAUAAAGAUUUAUUUCUUUAUAUAGCCUGCUUUUUCAGCACUAAAGGUCGUGAUAUCUUGGAAAGCGUUCUUCAUAAGAAGUUUUUGCGUGUGACGCAAGCUGGUCUUCAAGUCUUAACUGACAAAUCUCUCAUAUCUAUUGACACACUCGGACAUAUAUAUAUGCAUACUCUACUUAAGCAAUUCGGAAUAGAAACUUCUCGUAAGCAAUUCCUUCAUCAUCAGCUUUUGAAAUGUCAACUUUUGGUUGUUGGAAGAGAUAUUUGUGAAGUGCUCGGUAGUGAUAAAACAGAUAAUAGAAGUUUUAUAGGGAUUAAUUUAGAUUUAUCUGAGACUAAGGAAGAAUUGAAUAUAAGUGAGAAAGCACUUGCAAGAAUGUCUGAUCUCGAAAUCAUAAGAAUCAAUGGUGAUAAGGAUUUUGAUCCUUCUCAGCUUGAGAGACUGCACUCACUUCUGUAUCAUUCUCAAAAGAUUAGAUUACUUGAUUGGAGUUAUUUCCAAAAUACAUGUUUGCCAUCUACUUUUAAUCUGAAGUUUCUCGUAGAACUAGAUAUGUGUUUCAGCAAACUUCAGAAGCUAUGGGAAGGAACUAAACAACUGAAAAAUCUCAGGAGGAUGAAUUUAUAUCUUUCAAAAGAUCUGAAAGAGCUUCCUGAUCUUUCAACUGCCACUAAUCUUGAAGAUUUAUUUCUCAAAGGAUGCUCAAGUUUAGUGGAGCUUCCUUCUUCAAUUGGGAAUGCAACUAAUCUCCGGGAAUUAGACCUCUUGGGAUGCUCAAGUUUAGUGGAGCUUCCUUCUUCUAUUGGGAAUGCAACUAAUCUACACUAUUUAGUCCUCUCUCAAUGCUCAAGUUUAGUGGAGCUUCCUUCUUCUAUUGGGAAUGCAACUAAUCUCCAGUAUUUAGUCCUCUCUCAAUGCUCAAGUUUAGUGGAGCUUCCGUCUUCUAUUGGGAAUGCAACCAGUCUCCGGGAACUAAAUCUCUCUAAGUGCUCAAAGCUGGUGAAAAUCCCUUCUUCAAUUGAGAAUUUGACCAAUCUCGAGAAAUUGAAUCUUAGUGAUUGCUUUAAUCUUACUGAGCUCCCUCUUUCUAUUGGAACUGCCACAAAUCUGAGGGAAUUGAAUAUCAGUGGAUGCUCAAGUCUCGUGAAUCUCCCGUCCUCUAUUGGAGAUCUCACUAAUCUCAAAGAAUUUGAUCUAUCUAACUGCUCUCGGUUGAAAAGUUUUCCUGAGAUCUCCACAAACAUUGAGGUACUCAAGCUUACAGGGACUGCAAUCAAAGAAGUUCCUAUGUCGAUCAUGUCGUGCUCUGGUCUUUCUGAUUUCCGAAUAUCAUACUUUGAAAGCCUCAAGGAUUUCCCGCAUGCUCUUGACAUCAUCACGUAUCUGCAGUUGAACGAAGAUAUACAAGAAGUUUCUCCAUGGGUCAAGGAAAUGUCUUGUUUACGUACACUUAGACUCGACAACUGCAAGAAUCUGGUAUCACUCCCCCAAUUUUCAGAUUCCCUAUGUGAAAUAGAUGCAGACAAUUGUCAAUCCCUUGAGAGACUGGAUUGUUCCUUUGAAGAUGACUAUAUCGGUCUGGAGUUCAGAAACUGCUUCAAGCUGAAUCAAGAAGCCAGAGAUCUCAUCAUGCACACAUGGACUGCUACAUAUGCGAUAUUACCAGGUACACAAGUGCCUGUCUGCUUCAAUCACCGAGCUACUGCUGAGGGUUCCUUGACAAUUAAGUUGAAUGAGUCGUGUCUUCCUGAAUCUUUGAGUUUUAAGGCUUGCAUCAUGCUGGUUAAUAUUAAUGAAGAAACGGUUGAUGAGCAUGUUUCAAUGAGAGUAAAUAUUAAGAUCAUGGACAAACAGAAUGAUCUCGAAGUUUACAUAAAUCGAGCUUUAACAGAGCAUAUCUACACAUUUGACGUUGAAGCAGAGGAUGUGACUUCCACCGAGCUUGUCUUUGAGUUCACAACAACCAAUAAUAGCAAAUGGAAGAUCGGAGAAUGCGGGGUAUAUCAAAUCUUGGAGGUUCCUUAG